GCCUUCAAGAUGCCGUUCCACCCGGUGACGGCGGCGUUGAUGUACCGGGGCAUCUACACCGUCCCCAACCUGCUGUCGGAGCAGCGCCCUGUGGACAUCCCCGAGGACGAGCUGGAAGAGAUCCGAGAGGCUUUUAAAGUCUUCGACCGUGAUGGCAACGGCUUCAUCUCCAAGCAGGAGCUGGGCACGGCCAUGCGCUCCCUGGGCUACAUGCCCAAUGAGGUGGAGCUGGAGGUCAUCAUCCAGAGGCUGGACAUGGACGGUGACGGCCAAGUGGACUUUGAGGAGUUUGUGACCCUCCUGGGACCCAAGCUUUCCACCUCGGGGAUCCCAGAGAAGUUCCACGGCACUGACUUUGACACUGUCUUCUGGAAGUGUGACAUGCAGAAGCUGACGGUGGACGAGCUGAAGCGGCUGCUCUAUGACACCUUCUGUGAGCACCUGUCCAUGAAGGACAUCGAGAACAUCAUCAUGACGGAGGAGGAGAGUCACCUGGGCACGGCGGAGGAGUGCCCCGUGGACGUGGAGAGUGAGUGGCCGCCCCGGGACCCCACGGGCGGGGCAGGGGAGGAACUCCACGCUGGGGGUCUCGUCUGCCCCAGACCCCGCGUCUCCACGCGCCCCGUGUGGGAGUGCAGGCGGCCCCUGAGUCCCUCGCUCGGCUGUCCCUUCUGUCUCUCUGCUGCUCCUCGGUGGCGGCGGCCGCAGCCUGCUCCAACCAGCAGAUCCGCCAGACGUGCGUGCGGAAGAGCCUCAUCUGCGCCUUCGCCAUCGCCUUCAUCAUCAGCGUCAUGCUCAUCGCAGCCAACCAGGUGCUGCGCAGUGGCAUGAAGUAGGCGCCUGGUGC